AGUGCUCCCACGGGGGCUCCCAACUGGAUGAUACUGAAUUGAGUGUUAAAAUAUCAGAGGAGAAGCUUUGGUCAACAGCUAAGACCAUCUGCGUCAGUAUGAAGAACACACUUAAGGAUUUCUUCACAGGGCUGAAGCCACCCGGAUCCGAAAGGACAGAAAAUGCUUCUUCCAAAGAGACCCUUGGGGAAAUCCUGGUUGCUAUCCAGAGUGAAAUCUCAAACUUAGGGCGAAUGAAGGAUUCCAGGGAGCUCCUUCAGAUCAAUGAUAUGGUAGGAACCAUGCUGAAGGAGGUUGAGAAAAGUGAGGAUGACAGUGAACACGUCUGCCAAGACAUCCCUAGAACCUGUUCAUCUUUGUCCACUUCUUUAAAUGGUCGUAGUUCCUUGUCCAGCUCUUCAAAGAGUCCUAGGUCAGAGUGUGAGUUAGAGAUCAACCUCCCUGGCACUCCCAUCCCUGACGAAGUGCCUUUUGAUCUGACCUGCCCCAUCGUCAGGAGCUCCUGCAUCGACACCAGGGUCUCUAAAAUGCCAGAGAUUUCUUCAAGUGACCUAAAGACAAAGAUGAUGGCACACACAGAUGAACCCCUGCAUCGUAACAGUCCAAUGACUGACAGCAGUCGACCACCGAGUGCUAAAGCCUCUUUUCGAUCCUCCACUCCGUCUUUCACCAGCAAGGGAACCUCUUUGGUACCAAAGGGAGAUGGGAUUGACAUUGAAGAGAAGGAGGAGUGUAUCCCCAGCAGCUCUGGCCAUCUGAGGGAGCUCUUAAUCAUCCCGGACAUCAGCAGUGCCUCUGCAUUCCCACUGCAGUACUUGAUGGACUCCAGCAAAGAUGAUGUCAUCUGUUUGGUCGCCAUACUGGUGAUAAGGUUGCUAUCGGAGAUCAGACCCUCAACCCUAGAUGGACCCUCCCAACAGGCAGCAGACGUGACAGCAACAUCUCAGCAACUCAUCAGACAAGUCCUGUCUGAGUUCUGUGCUGCAUCUAGAUUCUCCAGGACACAGGCAUAUUCCCAGAACCUGAACAUCCAAAGGGUGUUCAGAGGUGUACAUAAAAACCUCAUGGAGGAGUUUGGCUCUUAUAACACCCUGCAAGCAGCUAUUUCCUCCCAGGACCCUGCAUUUGACAGAGUCCUGGUAAAGUCCUUGACCCAGCAGCUGGUACAGGGAUGCAAGGAGGCGUCAAGACCAGCUUCUGCUGCAACAAACCCAUCAGACCAGGCUGAGACAGAGAGGGGGGCUGAGCAGAAAGCAAGAAGGAGCUUCCUUUGCUUUUCAAUGACCAAACUCAGGAUCAACUUCAAGCGUUCCAAGAGAGGAAACAAAAAGGACUGCCAUUCAGUCCAGGAACAGACUGAGAUUCCCUCUACUGAUGGACAUUGCAUAGCUCCAGUUGGAGAGGUUUCUCCCUCCAUAUCUCAGCCUGUCAAAAAACGAUCCUUGAUUGUCAGGGUCUUUUCAGCAAUGAUGAAGCCAUUCAGGCGCUUCAACAAGAAGAACCUGUAACCUGUUACGCUGCAUGAGGAACUACUUUUGUAACAGCAAGACUUUUGACAAGAGGAAUUUCUGCAUGUCUACCCUUUCAAAGUAUAUUUGAUCAAAUAAAUGGCAAUGAUUUUACAAGAAUUUCAAGUGUUUUGGAAGAUUAGUAAAACUGAAGCAGCUUUUCUCAGAGAAAUGCACUAGUUCCCCCUUGGUUAUACAUUUAUUGUGCAGUUUUUGAGUUGGCAGGACUUGGGGCAGCAGGUAGCCUUGUGGUUAGAG